UUCAAGUGCAGUUGUUUCUGAAGACAGACGGACUGAUUGAUAUUAUUGUGUGUGCGAAUUGCUUUGAGAAAUUGUAUUUGGUUUAAAAAGGGUUAACCUUGUUUAAGAGGUAGGCAAGUGUUAUUGUAUAAAGAAAAAUGGCGAAAUUACCAAGGAUCUCAAACGAUCGAGUGCACUGGUAUAUGAACGAGUUGGCCUCAAGAAUCAUCGCCGAAUCGGGAAACCCCAGUGACAGGUUCCACCUGGGGAAAAUGAUGUUACGAAGUCUCAAAGAUGACCCUGAUUUCAUAGUUCAGAUAGACGGUGCAACCGGAGAAUCUAUAACAAGCGCUGAAAUCUUAAAGAAAACAGUUCAGUGUGCAGUCGCCUUCAGGAAUUUCGGUCUCCAGACUGGUGACGUCAUCGUGCUGAUGGCUCCGAGCCACGUGGACUUGGCUGUUCCGUUUCAAGCAGCCUUAUAUCUCGGUGUCAUUAUAGCGGCGGUCGAUAGGACACUAGGCGUCAAUGAGCUUCAAGGCACUUUCAAUGUAGACAGACCUAAAAUUGUGUUCUGCCAGAGUGAGAAAGCCCCAGAUAUACAAAUAGUACUUAAUGCACUAGAAAUGGAUACACAUAUUGUCACUUUUGAUACUGGAGACUAUCUCUGCAGUUUUGCUGAUUUCUUGGAGAAAUAUGGAGAUGAUACCCCUGUGGAAGAGUUCAGAGCCAAUGAAUUUGAUCCAGAAGACGCCAUCGCAUGUCUUAUAGCGACUAGUGGGACCACAGGUUUACCCAAAGCAGCUGCCGCUACUCACAAAAAUAUGGCUAUUACUGCUCCCUAUUGGUGGGCAAGAUACACAGAUUUCCCUACCCCGACCCGCAUGGCCCUGAUAGGCUCGCCUCUACAAUGGCUGACUGCGUUGGUCAAUUUCGUCAUAUCUCCAAUCCUGAGGUACACCAGGCUGCAAACUUCUCAGGCCAUGACACAGGAGCACGCCUACUAUUUGAUCAACACUUAUCGGCCAACAUACACGAUAUUCUCUCCAACGUUCAUGACGACGCUGAUCAAGCCGGGUGACAGGGAGCAGUGUGAUUUCACCUGCUUCGAGUCCAUACUGCUUGGAGGCAGCGCCGUGCCAAAUGAUCUGAUGGCACAAAUCAAGGAAAUAGCACCCGAUACAGAAGUUGGUAACGGGUACGGCAUGAGCGAGCUGACUUCAGUGGCGUUUCAUAUUGACAGCCCGCCGCCGGGGUACUGCGGGAGACCGAUGGGGUGUUUCCAGUACCGAAUUAUCAAUACUGAAACAAAAGAAGAUAUAUUUGAGCCGCAUGUGCCGGGAGAACUGUGGAUCAGAGGACCUGGCAUCAUCAAACAUUAUUACAACAAUCCAGAAGCAACAGAAGAAACGUUUGCGGAGGGUAGCUGGUUCAAAACUGGUGAUACGUUUUACAGAGAUGAAAACUGGAACUUUUUCUUUGUGGAGCGAAUUAAGCUGCUGCUCAAGUACAAAAGCAACCAAAUAUCUCCAGUGGAAGUGGAGAACGUGAUCCGUCAGCACCCGGGAGUGUUGGACGUGGCUGUGACCGGUCUCCCAGACCCUGAGUGUGGGGACCUGCCCGUGGCGUGCGUGGUGAAACAUCCUGACAGUGACGUCACCGCUCAGGACAUCAAGGACUUGGUUAAAGAAUCGCUGUCAGACUCCAAACAACUUCGAGGCGGGGUGAUCUUCGUGAGUGAUAUCCCGAUGACAGCCUCCACCAAAGUUCAUCGGCGGAAGCUUCGGGAGAUGGCUCUUGUUAUGGACAGAGAGUAGAGGGAAGAGUGAGAGAGAAGGUGGUCAAAGGUGUACCGAAAUUUCCUCUCUCUAGGUUAGAAUGUAACCACUAAAAAUAAGUAUUUAUUUAUUUAAAUUCAAUGCACGUAAAAUAUUCAAUAAGUGAAUAAAUAGGUUUAAAUUUUACCGCUGCUAAUGACCUUUGUGAUUUAUUAUGAUUGGCAACCUCUAGUUAAGAUAUUCCGUUUAGGGCACAGACACUUUAUUACUUAAUAAGCUUAGUAUUACAUAAAAAAUGUAGGUACUUUAUUUGUAAGAUUGACGUUAAAUAGUUUGUAUCUAAGAUCAAUUUUUUUAGGUAGAUUGAAAGUGUGUAUGUAGAAUUAAGUAUGUAAGUACAUAGGUUAGAUUAGCGUUACUUUUAUAUAAAGCUAUGAAUUUUUUCAUAUAUCUGUUAUUUAUAUUUUCUAGAGCAGGUGUCUAGAGUGACAAAAAAAACUAGUUCAAAUCUAUAAUU